AAAAAAUCAACUUUUUUUAUAAAUAAUAAGUUUUUAUCUAUCCUUUUAACAAAAUUUUUUAUCAUUUUAUAAAUUAAAAAAUAAUGUCGAAAAUCGUGAUGCAGGCUACCGAUUUCGACGAUGAUAUUAAUUGGAUAGAAAAAGCGGUUGAAAAAAAAUAUAUCAAAUAUUAUGAUCAUUCUGAAUUUACUCAUACAAAACCAAUGGACGAGAGUAGUUCAGUUGGAAGCAUAUUUCGAGCAAACUGGAAAGAUACAGAUACUCUUUUGGUGGUGAAAACCCCAUCUAAAUUGACCGUUAAAGAAAUUAUAAAUGAGCUUAAAAUGCAAUUAGAAGUUGAUUUUCAUGCAAACAUUUUACGGUUUUAUGGAGUUUCAAAAGUUGACCUUCAGUAUUCACUAGUUUUAGAAUAUGCAGAUGGCGGGUCAUUAUAUUCUUACUUAAAAGAGAAUAUCAAAAAUCUUGAAUGGGAUGAUAAAUAUCGUUUAGCAUUCCAACUUGCAAGUGCUAUAGAAUGUAUUCAUAAUAAAAACAUAAUCCAUAGUGAUCUGCAUGCACAAAAUGUACUGGUGCAUAAAAAUACUAUUAAACUCGCAGAUUUUGGCUUAUCUAAAAAAUCGAAUGAAGUAUCAGAUAACUCUAAUGAUGUAUUUGGUUUACUACCUUAUAUAGAUCCAAAAUACUUGAAUAAUGUUUGUAUCAAAGAUGGAAGUCGUAAAUUCUAUUUAGUAAAUUUCAAAUCAGAUAUUUAUAGUAUUGGAGUACUUUUCUGGCAAAUAUCGAGUGGAAGUAGACCAUUUGAAGAUUCACAAUAUGAUGCAAGUUUAGCUUUUCAUAUAAUGGAAGGAAAUAGAGAAGAGAUUAUUAAAGGCACACCUCUUGAAUAUAGUAAUUUAUAUACAGCGUGUUGGUCAGAUAAUCCUGAUGAAAGACCACCCAUUCAAAAGGUCGUUUUAUGUCUUAAAUCAAUAAUUUCUCAGGAAGUUGAUGAAGAAAUCAAUUCUAUUAUUUCUACAAAAAAUGAUGUUGAGAAAGAAUCAUCAAAUGAAGAUUUUGAUUAUAUAGAUGAUUUUGAUGAUUUAGUUUUAGGUGAUGAUGAUUGCCAGAUUUCUCUGACAGAAGUUGAUUCGGAUUUGAUCGCGAGUGAUUCUAUACAAGAUGAUAUGAUUGAACCUAUACAAGAUGAUGAUUUAAUUAAAGAAAGGCUUGAUUCAACAGAUAACAUUCAAACUAUUAUUGAUGAAUUAAUUGAACUUUCAAUUAAAAUACAAGAUGAAAUAGGGUAUAAUUCUAAAGAAAUGAAUCAAAUUUUUAAUCAAUAUAUCUCUCAUAUCGACCAACCAAACAAAAUUUCUGAUUGGCUUAUUGAAAAUCAAACAUCAUCUCAAUAUAUUUUCUUCUUUGGUUUUCUUUAUUAUAAUGGUAUUAUUGUAAAUAAGAAUGAUGAUGAAGCGUUUGAACUACUUUCAAAAGCAUCGGAGAAUAAUUAUCCUAUUGCUCAAAUUUUUUUGAGUAAAUGUUAUCAAAAUGGAAUAGGAACUGAUGUCAAUAAUGAUUUGGCAAAUACUUAUUUAGAAAAAGCUGCGGAAAAUAAUAGUGUAUGUGGUCAAGUCCAUCUGGGUAAAUUAUAUGAAAAUGGUAAAGGGGUUGCCAAAGACUCAAAUAAAGCCUUUUAUUGGUAUGAAAAAUCGGCAGAAAAUGGAAACAAAUUUGCUCAAUUUAAUUUGGGUAGAUGUUAUCAUCAUGGUAUUGGGGUUAUUAAGGAUGAUAUUAAAGCAAUUGAAUGGUAUGAAAAAUCAGCCAAUCAAGGAUAUAAUAAUGCUUUAUAUAUUUUAGGAUCAUUAUAUGAAGGAAAAAAGGAUUUAAGCAAAGCAUUUGAAUGGUAUCAAAAA